UUGUCAAUCACAUUCACUGUGUAAAAGCAGACAGGCGGUCGUUCAAGUGGAUCGACGGCAACUCGUCCCGAGCAUUCGACUUUCUUCAGCACGACAACGAUAUCAACUUCGCCUUCGCCUUCGCCUUCGCCUUACUUCCUACAACCGCCACGGAGCGACCACAAAAUGCGCCGACAGACCCCCAUAGCACAUCUCCUCUACAGUUACCUCUUCCCGAACCCGACACCGAAUGAUCCGCCUUCAUUUUCUGCACAUUUAGCCCGGAAUCUGGUUCCGGAGGUUCGUAUUGAGGUAGCCACAUUCUACGGAGAUCUGAACAGCGCGGAGGCUCGCUAUCCAGGACUGAAUUACUGCUACGCACCCCACCGUAUGCGACUCGGACGCUUCAAGCACCAUAAGAGACUGUUCGACGCUUUCGACAAUCUGGGACUCACAUACGGCGAGAUUCAAGACUUCUGCUGCUGGGAGGGCACGAAAUGGGCGAGAGAACGAUACGAGAAAGAUGAGGGAGUCAAGGUGGUGGAUACAACCGGUGACGAGAUUGGUCCGUUCGUGGACCGAUGGGAUCAGCGCGAGGACAUUCGAAGACAGAGCAUCACCCGUAAGACGGACAUCUCCAUCGUUGUAGAGCAUCAGCCACGCAUCGAAGAGGGCGCAGAAUCUGCCAACGAAGAUGACAGCGACAGGGAAAUGGACGGAGUGGACGCCGGGAGCGAUCAACCGGAGGAAGCUGCAGCGCGCGAGCACAUCGCCCAGCUCCAAGGCCAAAGCCUUCCGCCCGAACUCGAGCAGUAUCUCAAGGAGCAAGCAGACCGCGGCGACACAGAUCUGGCAAGCCUCUUCUCACAACGACGAUCCUCACAGAGAUAUUCGACUACGGAAAGUGCAGCCGUGACUUCUCCGUCACCCCAGGCAGCAGCGUAG